UGAGUAGCGUACAUUUUACACUAAACAGGUCAAAAAUAAAACACAAAUUAUUCAACUGUCCGAUAUCGGGCUAAACAUGUGAAAUUGUAAUUUAUGAAAUGCCAAGAGGUUUUAUUUUCAUAGUAAUUGGACUAUUGGAAGACGGAGGUUUAUCUGAUAUUCUGAUAACAAAUAAUGUUUAACUUCUAAAGUUCUAUUUUAUUUUCUAUUUUUGUUACUCACUAAUUGGGUAAUAACGUUAAAAUUUCAAUAUUUAUAAAUACAAGCAAGCGAGUAUGAGUAAUAUUAUACUAGGUUAUAGCCUAUAGGUAUUAUACACGAAUUGCAGUUUACACAAGUACCUAAUUCUCCACUACGUGAUUAGUAUAUUGUUUGUAAAAUUAAUAUUAUAAUUUCCACUAUAUAUACCUACUUCAUAAAAAAUAAAUUAUAUAUUUCUUUACAUAAGCAAUUGUAGUGAGUCAUGAAUUAUGAUACAUCAAGUGAGACAUCUAAUGAUGAAAUUGUUUCAAUACAUAAUGCAUAUAAAAAGGAAUUUGGUCGUCUCAGCAAAGAACAUCAAUGCAAUUUAAAUAAUCUAGAAGAAUGUUACAAAGAACAAAUAUUAUGUAUAAUUAAAGAAAAAGAUUCAGUAUCUCUUCAAUUACUAUCAAUUUUUCAAUCUUUAUAUGAUCAUUUUCAACAGAAGUUAAACAAAUUAAGGCCAAAAAAUAGUAAAGUUAUUGACAAGUCUGGUAAAAAAAUAGAUUUCAUUAAUGAAACUUACCAAUGUAUCAUUAAUGGCUAUGAAAAUAAGCAACAAGAUUUAUUCAAAGAAAUUUUAGAAUUAAAAAAGAUUAUAAUGGAAGAAAAGAAAGUUAAUUUAAAUGUUUCAUCAAUUGAUUUGCUAGAAAAAGAAAAUUCUAUUUUAAAGCAAAAUUUGAAUAGUAACGAAUCAAAAAGAAGCUCUAAGCCGGAGUCAAUAACUAAAGUUCUUAUAUGGUGCUUAGGUGUAAUAGUUUAUCAAAAAAAGGGUAACACAUCAAAAGAAAAUUCAAAAACGGAAUAUUUACUUGAACUUGUUUUAGUCAUUACUAUGAUUUGGCAUUUGGGAAAAUUUGGAGAAGAUCGUAGACUGGGAUUACUAAAUUUAAUCAUUUGUGGAAUCAUAUGUUGUAUUUUAGGUUUUUCAUAAAAAUUAUCAAUAAACACUAUUUUAGUUGUAUAAAAAAUUUAAUUUUUAGUUCUAUUGAAUAUUUAAGACAUAUUU